AAUUCACUGCUACUCACUAGUCAAUAGACUCAACACUCUUUUCUCUCUCUUUCACAUUCAAUCUCCUCUCUCUCUCUCUCUCUCACUCACAUGAAUGCUUAACAACAUUUCCUUCUCAUCAUCAUUAUUAUUACAAUCAUGCCAUCCCGUCCGCCGCCACAACAACCACCUCUUCCAACCGCCCGCCACCACCACCACCACCGUGAAAUGAUCCUCGGCACCUGCAUCGCAGCUGCCGUCUUCCUCUCCGCAGCAAUAAUCACCCUCGUAAUCUUCCUCUACCGUAAACUAUCACACAACCGAACAACACCGUUCGAACAAAGCCAAAGAAGAUUCUCAUACUCCGUUCUCCGUCGUGCUUCAAAUUCAUUCUCACCUUCAACUCGUCUUGGACACGGUGGUUUCGGUUCAGUUCACAAAGCUACUCUUCCCUCCGGCGAAACCGUUGCUUUGAAAGUAAUGGAUUCACCUGGUUCGAUUCAAGGAGAAAGAGAGUUUCAUAACGAACUUUCUCUUUGUUCAAAUCUGAAUUCACCUUUCAUUCUUUCACUUCUCGGUUAUUCUUCUGACCGGUCUGGGAAAAAGCUUGUUUUGGUUUAUGAACUUAUGGUGAACCGGAGUCUUCAAGAUGCGUUAUUGGACCGGAGGUGUGUUGAAUUGAUGUGUUGGUCGAACCGGUUUGAUGUUGUUGUUUCGGUUGCUAAAGGACUUGAGUAUCUUCAUCAUCAAUGUCAUCCUCCGGUGAUUCAUGGUGAUAUUAAACCGAGUAAUGUUCUUUUGGAUCGUCAAUUUAGGGCUAAGAUUGGGGAUUUUGGUCUUGCUAGGGUUAAGUGUUUGGAAGAUUCUGGAAUGGAGAUGAUGAUGGUUGAAGAGAUUCAUGUGAAGAAAAAAAGAGAGGAUCUUGUUGUUGGUGUUGAGGAUUGUAGUUCUGUUUCUAUUGUUGAGGAAUCUGAGAGUGCUGUUACUAAUACUACUGUUGGAUUUGAUGUUGAUCGCUCGCCGGAGAGUUGUAAUGUGAGGGUUUUGGAUUCGGAUGCUGCUUCCCCUGAGGUUUUGCUUUCGCCGGAGGUGGGAGUUGUGGGAGUUGUGUCGCCAGAGAUGAGUGGGGUUGAGAAAUUAAGUGUUGUGUCUGAUGGUUGUUUUGAUAAGUUUAGUAUUGAUAGUGGGAAUCAGAAGAAGAGAGGAGGUGGCGGUGGUUCUGGGAGGGAUUGGUGGUGGAAGCAAGAGAAUAAUGGGGGAGGAUCUGAAUCAGGGAGGGUGAAGGAUUAUGUUAUGGAGUGGAUUGGGAGUGAGAUAAAGAAAGAGAGACCUAAGAGUAGUGAAUGGGUUGGUUCUGCUUCAUCGAUUUGUUCCGGUGGUGAUGCGGCUGCCCCGUCGAAGGUAGAGGGUAAGAAGAAACAGAGGAAGAAGAUGGAAUGGUGGGCUGCACUUGAUGAGGAGAAGGUUAAAGGGAAGAAGAAUAGGAAACCAAGGGAAUGGUGGAAGGAGGAGUUUUGUGAGGAGCUUUCAAAGAAGAGUAGGAAGAAAAAGAGAAGUCUUGAUUGUCGCGGCGGAGGCGGUGGUGGGGAAUCGUGGUGGCAGAGAGAAGAAGAUGUAGGUGGCGCGACAGUGGAGAAGAAGAAAAAGAGGAAAAGUAAGAGUAGUAGAGGGAGUAUUGAUUGGUGGUUGGAUGGAUUAAGUGGUGAGAUUAGGAAUAAUGGAAGAAGAAAUAGUCAAGAUUGGGGUAAUGGUGAUGUACCAAAGAGUGGUGGAAUCAGUAGCACACCAAGUAUGAGAGGAACAGUUUGUUACAUUGCUCCUGAAUAUGGUGGUGGUGGACAAUUAUCUGAGAAAUGUGAUGUGUAUAGUUUUGGUGUUCUUCUUUUGGUUUUGGUUGCUGGAAGAAGACCACUUCAAGUAACAGCAUCACCAAUUUCAGAAUUUGAGAGAGCAAAUCUAAUUUCAUGGGCUAGACAACUAGCUCAUAAUGGGAAACUAUUGGAUCUAGUUGAUAGUUCUAUUCAUUCUUUGGAUAAAGAACAAGCAUUGCUUUGCAUCACCAUUGCAUUGUUGUGUUUGCAGAGAUCACCAGGUAAAAGACCUUCCAUGAAAGAGAUUGUUGGAAUGCUUUCCGGUGAGGCUGACCCACCUCAUUUACCCUUUGAAUUCUCACCUUCACCACCUUCUAAUUUCCGUUUCAAAUCAAGAAAAAAGGCUAGUUGAAUUGAAGGGAACAUAUUCAGGCCCCAUUCUUGUCUUUUAACAAGUAAUUAUGAUGUUACUGUGAGAGCUGAGUGGAGACUCCACUGUCCUGGAAAUUGUGAGAGAGAAGUAUGCCAUCAUUUUAUCAUCAGUGCUUGGACCUACAACUCUUUUUUUUCACUCAUGAACUUUAUCUUGUGGAAAGCUAUUUCUAAUUAUCCAUGAAUAGCCAAAUAAAAUUAUAAAUUGAAGUUUUUUUCAGUUGCGUACAGAUGGUACUUUGAAUCAGUCUCAUACUCAAGUCUUAUAUUGUUUAGGGUGUUUUUAGUUUGUUUUUCGUAUAUCUAGAGUUUCAACAAAAUUACAGUGUCAUUUUGAUUCAAAACAUGUAUAAGAUGCAUCUUGUUUAUGCUUCUGUUUUGAUACUAAGCAAUUGGAGUCCGAUGCAAUUGGGAUCCGAGUUUCUAAAUUGUAAAGUGAACAAAUAAUAUCAUAUCAGCUUUGUUUUAAAAGUAGAAAUUGCAACUAAAUCAUUAUAAAUUAAAAUAAAAGUUAUACUUUCCCAAUUUACACCU